GGGCAGUGCUCCCGCUGUUCCGCCCAGCGCCCGGUCCCCUGCGCAUGUGCGUGGGCUGCGGCGGGGGCCAGACCUGUCCGCGCGAGCUGGGCCAUGGCGGCGGCCGGCGCCCCGUCGGGCGGAGGGGCCGGGAGCUCCAAGGUGGCGCCCAGCGUGGAGUUCGAUCACAGCUGCUCCGACAGCGUGGAGUACCUGACCCUCAACUUCGGGCCCUUCGAGACGGUGCAUCGGUGGCGCCGCCUGCCGCCCUGCGACGAGUUCGUCGGGGCCAGGCGCAGCAAACACACCGUGGUUGCCUAUCGGGAUGCCAUCUACGUGUUUGGUGGUGACAAUGGAAAAACAAUGUUGAAUGACCUAUUGAGAUUUGACGUAAAGGAUUGCUCUUGGUGCAGGGCUUUUACCACAGGGACCCCUCCAGCGCCCCGGUAUCACCAUUCAGCGGUAGUCUAUGGGAGCAGCAUGUUUGUGUUUGGUGGCUACACUGGAGAUAUAUAUUCCAAUUCCAAUUUGAAGAAUAAAAAUGAUCUUUUUGAGUACAAGUUUGCAACUGGCCAGUGGACAGAGUGGAAGACUGAAGGAAGAUUGCCAGUUGCAAGGUCAGCUCAUGGUGCAACAGUGUAUAGUGAAAAACUGUGGAUCUUCGCAGGAUAUGAUGGAAAUGCACGGUUAAAUGAUAUGUGGACGAUUGGCCUGCAGGACAGAGAGCUAACAUGCUGGGAAGAGAUUGAACAGAGUGGUGAGAUCCCUCCUUCCUGCUGUAAUUUUCCUGUGGCUGUUUGCAAAGACAAGAUGUUUGUGUUUUCUGGCCAGAGUGGAGCAAAGAUCACCAAUAAUCUCUUUCAGUUUGAAUUCAAGGAAAAAAUUUGGACACGAAUUCCUACUGAACACUUACUUCGGGGCUCCCCUCCUCCGCCACAGCGAAGAUACGGUCACACCAUGGUUGCCUUUGAUCGCCACCUCUAUGUGUUUGGUGGUGCUGCAGAUAACACAUUGCCAAAUGAACUUCACUGCUACGAUGUGGACUCUCAGACCUGGGAAGUUAUCCAGCCUAGUCCAGAUAGUGAGGUGGCCCAUCCAGAAGUUGCUGAGAGAGUAGCUGCCCCAGAAGAUGCUCCUUCCUUCUCAGAAGAACGUGGUUUAAAAAAAUCUCGAGAUGUAUUUGGUUUAGAUUUCGGCAUAACAACAGUUAAACAACAGCCCACUGCAGACUCUGAGCUGCCAAGUGGGAGACUCUUCCAUGCUGCAGCUGUCAUCUCAGACGCCAUGUACAUCUUUGGUGGGACAGUGGACAAUAACAUUAGAAGUGGAGAAAUGUACAGAUUCCAGUUUUCUUGUUACCCAAAAUGCACUUUACAUGAAGAUUAUGGAAGACUGUGGGAAAACAGGCAGUUCAGCGACUUGGAGUUUGUUCUGGGAGAGAAGGAAGACCGAGUCCGGGGACAUGCAGCCAUUGUCACUGCUCGCUGUAAGUGGCUAAGGAAGAAAAUUAUACAGGCAAGGGAGAGAUUGAAACAGAAAUCAAAGCAAGAGAUUGAAGAAGAGGGACAAGCACUGUCCCAGAACGAGGGGAUUUGUGGCAAUGUCAAGCUGUGCUGCCUGCAACCUCUGCUGGAAGUGACAAUCCGAGAAGCUGAAGCUCAGCCCUUUGAGGUGCUCAUGCAGUUCCUGUACACGGAUAAAAUAAAAUACCCACGCAAAGGUCAUGUGCAGGAUGUACUACUUAUCAUGGACGUGUACAAACUAGCCCUGAAUUUCAAGCUCUCGCGACUGGAACAGCUCUGCCUCCAGUAUAUUGAAGCAUCUGUAGAUCUACAGAAUGUGCUCAUUGUGUGUGAAAAUGCUAACAAGCUUCAACUGGAUCAACUAAAGGAACACUGCCUGAACUUUGUGGUUAAAGAGUCACAUUUUAAUCAGGUAAUAAUGAUGAAGGAAUUUGAGCAUCUUUCCUCAUCCCUGAUAGUGGAGAUAGUACGAAGAAAACAGCAGCCUCCUCUUCGAACACAUUCCGAUCAGCCUCUGGAUAUUGGAACAUCUUUGAUUCAGGAUAUGAAGGCUUAUCUAGAAGGAGCUGGGAUCGAGUUUUGUGAUAUCAUCCUCCUGUUAGAUGGCCACCCAAGACCAGCACAUAAGGCAAUUCUGGCAGCCCGCUCCAGUUACUUUGAAGCCAUGUUCCGUUCCUUCAUGCCAGAAGAUGGACAAGUAAAUAUUUCUAUAGGUGAAAUGGUUCCCAGUAAACAAGCAUUUGAGUCUAUGCUGAGAUACAUUUACUAUGGUGAAGUGAACAUGCCUCCUGAAGAUUCCCUCUACCUCUUCUCUGCCCCUUAUUAUUAUGGUUUCUACAACAACAGACUUCAAGCAUACUGCAAGCAGAACCUGGAAAUGAAUGUUACAGUGGAAAAUGUGCUCCAGAGGCUUCUGUGCAUCCCUACUUGCAGGUCUGACAUCCUCUGGCUUCAAGUUCAUGGAACCUCUACUACAGCUGUAUCCAGUGGGGCUGCAUAUGCCCUCCUAGUGAUGUCAGUGCUCAAUAUCUGAAUCUAUAUAAAGCAGUGCAGACCCCAGUGUCUUCAUUUCCUUCUCCUCUCCUGUGCAAAGCAGUAGGAUCCUCGCUGUGUGUGACUUUGUCUAAUUAUUUGAUAGACCAUCUGAAUUUUCUUUUAUUCACUUUAAUUAUAAGGAAGAGAAUAGUGUAGGAGAUUGAUCUGGUGUUGGUCCAUGCAAAGAUGGCUGGAGUAGAGCCCUAGAAAGGCUGUAAGAAUAUCUGACAGUCUAUCUGAAAUCAGACAUGUAUGUUUAAUGUCUGGUGUGCUCAGGUGAAGCUCACACUCCAUCACAUUCAUCCCCAGAGUAUGCCAUGAUCAGCAAUUGAGUCUAAAGGCCUAUCUGUCUUUCAAACCAGUGACACUCAGACAGCACAGGCCCUGCUAUCAGGCUGACAAGGCAAUAAAAUCUGGGCCCACAAUGACCCUCCUUGGCACAAAAAUGCACUACUAUUAAAUGAGUGAAGCCUUGGAACCUGGCUCCAGCCUCUUCACCGGCCUCAACUUGGGCCUCUAACAAGGGUUCCAGUGCCAGGUCUGUGCCUCAGGCAGCACUGACCUCCCCUGUGAAGCAUUAUCAGGCCUUUUCAUCUGCAUUGGCACUUGUGAUGCGGAUAAGUUUGACUCCCCAAAUGGUAUUAGUUUCGAGACCCGUUUAUUGAGAGAACAUCCUCAGCUGUUGAAGAUCCUUCUAUAGCACCUGCUGCACCAUCCUAGGAAUAUACACCAUCUGCACAGAAGAAACAAGGAAAGGAAAGCAUAGGUCUGGUUCUGGGGAAGUGAAGAAGGAAAGAAGAAAUUCCCCAGGGUUGAUUUUGGAGAAGGUCUCAGCUCCUAAGUUGUCACUGACCCUGUAACCGCUGCAGACUUCCCCAGUUCAUGUUCCUGGUAGUCCAGCAACUUUUCCCAAGACUGGUCAACUAGUCCACAUACAAGAUUUUUGCUUCACUGGUGCACGGUUUGGCUUUGGAACUUACUCCUGAUUCAUCUCUGGAAUUCCUGUUCAGUGAUGCCCAGGAUCUCCCUUUUGCUUCACUCAGGCUCCCUUUGAGUGAACCAUCACCAUCAGCCUUCAUACACCUCUUCAGUUCCACAGAGCACUCUGUCUUCCAUGAUAUCAGGAGUUCACAGAUGUUGCUAUGGCAUUCCUUCACAAAGCCUUAAGGACACUACUUGGUGGUGCUUGAACUGUGUGGUCUCUGCUGCAUUAGAAAAGAUAAAGGGUACUAAAUCUGCUCCCUGGGCACAGAAUUUCCUCGCUCAGUAGGAAAUCAUAUUUGUUGGGAUCCAAGUGUAUUGCCAGUUACUAGGCAGUGACAAGAUACUAACAGUACACCCUCUGGGAUGCAAUUGUUCUGUAGUUGAUUGCUAAAGAUCAGGCUAAGGCAGCAAAGGAUCUUGCCACUGAAGCAGAAGUAUGGCCUGUCAUUCCCCCCAUGCGGCCUAUGACACCUCUGCCCCUUGCAACAGAGCCACGGCCGCAGAGAUAUUCAGGAAUUAAAUCAUAGAAUCAUAGAAUAUCAGGGUUGGAAGGGACCCCAGAAGGUCAUCUAGUCCAACCCCCUGCUCGAAGCAGGACCAAUUCCCAGUUAAAUCAUCCCAGCCAGGGCUUUGUCAAGCCUGACCUUAAAAACCUCUAAGGAAGGAGAUUCUACCACCUCCCUAGGUAACGCAUUCCAGUGUUUCACCACCCUCAUAGUGAAAAAGUUUUUCCUAAUAUCCAAUCUAAACCUCCCCCACUGCAACUUGAGACCAUUACUCCUCGUUCUGUCAUCUGCUACCAUUGAGAACAGUCUAGAGCCAUCCUCUUUGGAACCCCCUUUCAGGUAGUUGAAAGCAGCUAUCAAAUCCCCCCUCAUUCCUCAGACCUUACCCCAGAAUCACAAGUGUGAAUACAGAAUUUGAAAGUUAAGGCCAUUUUACUGAAAAAAAUCAACAAAACCUUAGAGAUUUUUGGUAAGAUGAGACCCUGAAACAUAAUCCAGAGACCGGUAUGAGACCUAAGGCCUGAACUAAAGUAAUGGUCAAGACUUUGCUAACAUAAAGCAAGUUAAGCUGUGAUCCAGAGGCAGGUUCUGCUCACAGGAGCUGGCAAGAAGAAGGCUAAUGUUGCAAAUAUACAUGUACCUAAAAGGUACGAAGCACUAGUAAUAUAAACAUGUGCCAGGACAGUACCAGAACAUUCCGGUACUAGCACAUUCCACAUAGAUAACAAGGAAUAUACUGACCCAUCCUAAAGACAGGGGCAGGAGGGUAAUAUGAUGGAUAGAGUUGUUUUGUUUGAACCAACAUGUACAAGGUGAGAGGCAGCACCCUAACACAUAGUGGGGUUGCACCUCUAUACGUCAGAGUAAUGUGUAACUUAUUGUAUCGUGAGCUGUAGCUCAUGAAAGCUUAUGCUCAAAUAAAUUGGUUAGUCUCUGAGGUGCCACAAGUACUCCUUUUCUUUUUGCGAAUACAGACUAACACGGCUGUUACUCUGAACCCUGAAGGGUUGUCUUUGUCUGGCCUAGGGGGCAAUGGAGAGUCCCACCACUGACUAAGCAGGUCCAUUGUCAGGGGGUACAUAUUUGUAGUAUGUCCUGU